AAUUCCGUCCAUCGUCAAAUAUCGUCUUUACUAGUUUCUUCUUCUUCUUAUUUCACCUUUGCUUCAGCAGAUUUUCAUCUAUGUAUUGGUUAUUUUAAUUCUUAAUUAUCUUCGCCCACUAAAUUAUCUAUCAGUAUGGGAAAAAAUAAAUUCAUCGACAAGAAAAAUUCGGCGACGUUCCAGUUACUCGCCCGGGAUACUUCGGAUCCGAACUGCUCAUCCGGACUCUCUAGUGACCGAGUUUUCGUGAGAGUCGACAAUAAUCAAUACAAAGUUGGCGGCUUUUCUGAGGAUGAGGAGCCAGCAAUCGACGGCGUUCUGUUUGAUGACCCAAAUUCAGUAUUCGACGACGCGCCGGAGGACUAUUACGAGUGCGGAUACCCUGGGAAUGGAGCUCGGACGGGGUCGUCGUUGCCGGACCAUGUAAGGAGGGAGAUACUUGAGCUAGGGUUUCCGGACGAUGGAUACAAUUAUCUGAUGCAUUUGAGGGAGAUAAAGAAUUCCGGCGGCGGUUCUGUUUAUUAUCAGAAUCCCAAAGCUCAGCUUGGUCAUCUUCUUCCCGAUGUUAAGGCCUAUAAUGCAUCAAGGCUAGAAAUUUCAAGAGUGGAGGAUGAGUCCAAUGAGAAGUCCAUGUAUGCUGUUGCAUCCAAAACUCGGAAUGCAAAAGUUGAGAAAGUGGCUGAUGAUGACAUUGCAGCAUUACUAGAUGACAGUGAUUUGUCACGGUUUGGCUCUGAUAUAGAGGAGGACUUGGAAGAGGACUUUGUGGUCAAAGCAAACCUUCUAGAAGGACCAUCUGACCUGGAACUUGGUAAAAAGCUGAGAUUGCUAGAGAGCCUGCAGGUUAAUAGGGUAGAAAGGAACGAUUUGGUUGUCUCUGGUGCAGAGGAAAGUGUCGCAGGAUCUGUUACUGUUGAAAAUGAGAAGCCAAGGGUUCGCCGCCCUUUAGAUGAGCAGUUUGACUUGCUUGAACUUCAGGAAUAUGGUGCAGACAGUGAUGGUGAUUAUGGUGUUUAUGAUGACGCUGAAGAAGAUGCUUGUGAAGAAUCCCUCGCUGAGAAGCUUAAUCAUGCAUUAAAAGACCGUCAUCUUGAUGGCUUAAAUAGUAAAUAUGCAGUUCCUUCUGAUCUCUUGGAAGAGAAGAAGGAAUUGGAGGAUCUGGAGUCACCAGAAUCUGCUGCAGAUGUCAUCCAAAGGUGCAGAGAAUAUGCUGAAAAAUAUGAAAAUGAAAGUGAAGAUGAAAAGGAGGUGGUUUUUCAGGAAAGUAGUGAUGAAUCAGAGGUAUGGGAUUGUGAGACUAUAGUUUCAACAUAUUCAAAUCUUGAUAAUCACCCUGGGAAGAUCGGAGCUCCAGAAACGAGAAAGAAGAAGCUAGCUGAAACCUUUGCUGCAACGUUGAGUUCUCCAGGACAUAUAAUAGCUCUUAAAGGCAAACAGAAGCUUCCUGUAGACUUUUUGCCCACUAGAAAGUCUUCUACAGAUAUGGUGACGGACAUGAAUGGUCUGAGACCUGAGCAACCUCAGAGGAAACAACGUGGUCAAGAGACAAAGGAGGAAAAGAAAGAAAGAAAGGCUGCUGUCAAAGAAGAACGACGUGAGGCACGUCGUGUGAAAAAAGAAUUGAAGGUGGUUUACAAGUAUGAAGCAAAUCGUGCUCAGAAGGUUGCUGCUGUUGCUGGUCCAUCUUUGGUUCAUCUAAUGUGAGUAAUAUGGUUGCGGAUCAUAGAAGACAAUAUGGUGCUUCACCAGGAUGUUUCUGCUCUCAAGUUUCUGGUAGUAGCUGAUAUUACUGGCUCAAAUUGGCUAGCGUAGUCUAACAUGCAGCUGGGAUUGUAUUGCUCUGACGCUUUGGUGUUUCAGGCUCUAUGCUGUUUUUAGAGUGAGGAAAAAAAAAAAAGAAAAAUAGAAGGAAAGCAUAUACACUAUUUGUUAGAAAUACAGUCUAGCGUGAUCGGUAUUCUGGUGAAAAAAAAAAAUGAUCAGUUGAGUUGUUUGGCAUUACUGUACAUUUUUGGACGACACGCCAGCGAAAAUAUUUUUUUUUGAACUAA